ACACAACACAAAUAAGCAAAAUGAGGUUCUGGGUACUCUUAGUCUUCGUUUUUCUCUCCUCUUCUGGGGCCCUAGCACAGCAAUGUUCAAGUGAAAGCCCAUGCAUCAAUGGGGCAUGUUGCAGCAAAUAUGGCUCCUGUGGAUACGAUGAGGCUCACUGCGGCGUGGACUGCGUGAGCAAUUGCCAUCUACCUGGUAAUAUCAGCAAUCUCAUUAACCAGACCACGUUUGAUGAAAUGUUUAGGCACCGCUCUGAUGCUUCGUGUAACACGUCCACCUUCUACGUCUAUGAUGCGUUUAUGGAGGCAGCUGUUCAUUUUGGAGGUUUUGGAAGAACUGGCGACAAUGACACCCGUAAGAGAGAAAUUGCAGCCUUUUUGGCUCAAACUGCGUAUGCUACUGCAGGUGGGCAAGAAGAUUCAGAGGAUCCCUAUUCAUGGGGUUAUUGCUACAUUAAAGAACAAAACGCCACCUUGGAUAAUUAUUGUGUUGAAAGUACAAAUUGGCCAUGUGUAGAGGGUGAACAGUAUUACGGCCGAGGUCCCAUUCAACUGCGAUACAACACCUACUAUGGUCCAGCUGGAUUAGAUUUGGAUCAUGCACUACUAUUCGACCCAGAUGAGCUUGCAAAGGACUCAGUCAUGUCUUUCAAGUCUGCAUUGUGGUAUUGGAUGAAUUGCCAUUUAGAAAAACCCUCAUGCCACAGUGUCAUGACCAACCAAUGGGUGCCAAACUCAGACGACGUGCAAGCAGGGCGAGUGGCAGGCUUUGGUCUCACUACAAAUAUCAUCGACGGUGAAAAUGAAUGCGGACUUGGAUAUGAUGAACGAGUCGCGAAGCGGAUUGGCUUCUACGAGACUUUCUGCGACUUAAUUGGGGUGACCUAUGGUGAAAACCUUGACUGUUACAACCAGAAGCCUUAUGGAAGCUCUCCCGUCUCAAAGAUCUACAAAGCUAUCUAUAAGAUCUUCAUGGAAUAGAGAUCUGUGGGAUCAUAUUAUAAAUAGCCUAAGAAGGCAAUCAAUGAUUAUCAACUGUAUUAAUCAUUGACUUAUCUAUCUAAUUAAAUAAAUGAACCUACCUAGGAGCUUCUGUUUACUAGGUUUUGGUGUUGUAAAAUUCAGUGGAAGGACUUCAUGUUCUCCUGCAUGUAAUGUAAUCAACGUUUUAUGAUAUGUUAUGUUUCAGUAUUUAUGUUCAAGCU